GCGCAGCCUCGAAACCUCCUGCAGCAUCAACAUCAUCGCCGGGAUUCUUGCAGCAGGCAACCAACCCGCCGUUCGUCCAUACCUCUCACUUGGUCGAACCGCCAAACCAAUAGCUAACCCACUCACCCACGCACCGCGCUGUCCGAUCGCACCCACUCGCCCUGCCCGAGAUGGCCGACUUCGGCGAGUACCCGCCCAACCUGGCCGUCAAGGACGCCCUCAUGCUGCGCCAGUCCAAGCCGCCCGACCACGCCGUCGCGCCCUACACCGGCGAGGACCUCGCGCGCCCGCGCCUCGGGCCCGCGAACCCCUUCCGCAGCAACGACGCCACUGGAACCUCCGCGUCGGCCCCGCUCAAACGCAAGAAUGUGCUCACCGGCCACGCCGAGGAGACCUUCAUCUCGGAGCACACGUUCCGCGCCAAGCACCGCGCCGUCGAGCGCGUCGGCGGCGGGCCGCAGGCGGUGCCGGUGCUGACCAAUCGGGAGCAGAAGGAGGUGAAUCGGCGGCUGAGGGCCGCGCGCGAGGACAAGGGUGAUGCGACGGUUGCGGACGGCGACGGGGCGUACGUCGGUCCGUGGGCGAGGUACAAGACGGAGAAGUACGAGCUUGUGGAAGUGGAGGAGGGGGAGGAGCUGGGCAGCGGGGAGGAGUAUGAGGUGGUGGAGGAGGAUGGGGAAGACGAGGAGGAGGUGGUGCCGAGCGGGACGAUGGUGCAGCCGCCCGCGCCGUCGCUGGCCAGGAGGAAGGAGGUCGAGGAGAUGGGCGACGAGACGACCACGUUCCAUGCCGAGAGCCAGUACGACUAUCUGGGCCGGACGUAUAUGCAUGUCCCGCAGGACUUGGAUCUCUCGUUGACGAAGGAGGUCGGGAGUAUCACGAACUACAUCCCGAAGAAGCUUAUAUUUACGUGGCGGCAUCAUGGGAAGCCCAUCACGGCGCUGCAGCUGUUCCCGCGGUCGAGUCACUUGGGGUUGUCGGGAGCUGCGGAUGGGAUGGUCAAAAUCUGGGACGUCUACCGGGGGAGGGAGUUGUUGCGGACAUUUGCGGGCCACAACAAGGCGAUCACCGACUUGUCGUUCAAUAACGAGGGCACGCGGUUUCUGUCCGGCGGCUUUGAUCGGCGGAUCAGGCUGUGGGACACCGAGACCGGGCAGUGCGUCAACCGGUUCAACUGCGGCAAGACGCCGCACGUCAUCAAGUUCAACCCCUCGGCGGAGAACGGGCACGAGUUCCUGGCGGGUCUGUCGGACAACAGGAUCUUGCAGUACGACAGCCGCGCGGGCAACGAGACGGUGCAGGAGUACGACCACCAUCUGGGCGCCAUCAACACGAUCGAAUUCAUCGACGAGAACCGCCGGUUCAUGUCGACGUCGGACGACCGCUCGCUCAGGGUGUGGGAGUACGGAAUCCCCGUCGAGAUCAAGACCAUCAGCGAGCCGGACAUGUUCGCCCUCACAAAGUCCGCCCAGCACCCCAGCGGCAAGUACGUCCUCUACCAGUGCAGCGACAACUCGAUCGUCGCCUACUCCUCCGGCUCCGACAAGUUCCGGCAGCAUCGGAAGAAGGCGUGGCGCGGGCACAACACGGCCGGCAGCGCCAUCGGGCUUACCUGCAGUCCAGACGGGCAGUUCGUGGCCUCGGGCGACACGGGCGGCAGUGUCUGCUUCUGGGACUGGAAGACGUGUCGGAUGUACAGCAAGCUCACAGCCGACAGCGCCGGCGGGACCAUCAACUGCGUCGCUUGGUCGGAGCAGGAGACCAGCAAGGUGUUUACGGCGGGGGCGAAGGGCGAAAUCAGGAUGUGGGAUUAAGCGGGAUUGGAUGGGAUGCAUGGCAUGGCGUUGGGUGGUAUGUAUGGAUACAGAAGGGCUGGUGAUUUUCCGGUUUUAAUGCGAAUAACGUCCCCUACUGAUGAUACGGGGCAGUUUG